AUGCAAUCGCAGGACCAGUACGCUGGGCUGGUCUCGCCACCGCUGCAUGCAGAUGACGCCGGUGUCCACCAACGCCGCACGACGUUCCCCAUCCGAACGGACCCGCUGCAAGGUGACAAGGCCACGGAGAUCAAGCUGCUCAGCGUGGCUCGCCCCCACAUGAGAGCGUUUCACUACGCGUGGCUGUCCUUCUUCUUUGCCUUCUUCGGCUGGUUCUCCAUCCCUCCACUCAUGCCGACCAUCAAGAAGCAGCUUGGACUGACGGCCGACCAGGUCUCCAAUUCCAACAUUGUGUCCGUGGCGAGCACCAUCCUCGGUCGCGCCGUGGGCGGGCCUCUGUGCGAUCGCUACGGCUCACGAACCGUCCAGGCCGUGCUGCUAGUCGUCGGUGCGGUCCCAGUGGCUUCAGCCGCGCUUGUGACGAGCUACACGGGGCUCAUGUUCGCUCGGUUCUUCAUCGGUCUGGUCGGCUGCUCCUUCAUCGCAACAACCUACUGGACGUCGACCAUGUUCUCCAAAGAAGUGGUGGGGAGUGCCAACGCUCUCGCCGCUGGGUGGGGCAACCUGGGUGCUGGAGCCACUACACUAAUCACCCCUCAGCUCUUCAACUUGGUCACCACGGGCGGCGCACUGUCGGACAACAUGGGCUGGCGUGUUGCGCUUCUGUUCCCGGCCUUCUUCAUGGUCGUCACCGGCGUGGCUCUCUACUUCAACUCGGACGACUGUCCUCAAGGACAAUACAAAGAUCUCCGCAAGAACAACGCGAUGGACGUCACGGCGACGAAACCUGCCGUCGACAUGAAGCAAGGUCUGCUCCACGUCGCCAAGCUGCCUGUCACUUGGAUUCUAGCGUUCCAGUACGCGUGCUCCUUCGGGGUCGAGCUUCAGGUGCACAACGUGCUGACGGAGCACUACUACGAGGACUUCACGCACUCGGACUGCGAUCCUCUGACUGACCCCAACGAGUGUCGCCGUCUUACGCAGAGUCGCGCCACUCUCAUCUCGUCGCUCUUCGGCUUGAUGUGCUUGUUCGCUCGCGCACUGGGCGGGUAUUUCUCCGACAUAGCCAACGGCCGCUACGGCAUGAAAGGCCGAAUCGGUGUCCAGUUCCUCGCCUUUGCCGGCCAAGCCAUCUUCCUCUACUUCUACAGCACGACGACGAACCUGUCCGCCAGCAUCCCGCUCCUGGUUUUCUUUGGUAUUUUCGUGCAGGCCUGCACAGGCAGCACCUAUGGCAUCGUCCCCUACGUGCUGCCGUCGUUCACGGGGGCCACGUCCGGGUUCGUUGGGGCUGGUGGCAACGUCGGCGCGCUCUGCUGGAGCCUGAUGUUCAAAGGCGUUGGCAACCGCGCGACUUCGUUCAAAUACUUGAGCAUCUUCGUCGCCGCUGCUGCGUUUGCCACUUUCGGUAUCAAGGUGCCUGGGAACGCAGCGCUCUGGGAACAAGACGACUCGGUCCACGGUGGCCUGGCACCGACGGAGGUUGACGACGACAGCGUCCACAACGGGAAGGCGGCAGCGUAA